AUGCCAACUUAUGCUAAAUUUCUUAAAGACAUUUUGAGUAAUAAAAGAGAAGUUGACUUUGUGGAAACCAUUAAUAUGCCGGAAAAUUGUAGUGCAAUUAUUCAAAAUAAGUUGCCCACUAAGCUUAAAGAUCCCAGUAGUUUUUCUAUUCCAUGUGCUAUUGGUGAAAUGGUAAUUGAUCGUGCUUUAUGUGAUCUUGGUGCUAGCAUAAGCUUGAUUCCCCUUUCUAUGUGCAAAAGACUUGGCCUAGGAGAGUUAAAGCCCACCAACAUUUCCCUUCAAUUAGCCGAUCGUUCGGUUAAGAUGCCUUUGGGAAAAUUAGAGGAUGUCCCCCUUAGGGUGGGCAAACUUUACAUUCCGGUGGAUUUUAUUGUGCUUAAUAUGGAUGAGGACUUGAAUGUCCCCAUAAUUCUAGGUAGGCCUUUCUUAGCCACGGCGGGGGCCAUUAUUGAUGUGAAACGUGGUAAAUUGUCUUUGCUUGUUGGAAAAGAGAAAGUGGAAUUCAAAUUGAACCAAGUUAUGAAAUGUCCUUCCAACAUGGAAUGA